UGCCAUCUUGAACAUAGUGAUUCACUCGACCCGCGCGGUCCCGGUCAGUUUCGUGCAUCCAAUAUGGCUGGUCGAGGUGGUUACGAAGAUUCAAGAGACUAUGGAGGUGGACAUCGAAGUGGCAGAAAACCGUUGCCAACCGAACCACCUUACACUGCUUAUGUGGGAAAUUUGCCAAAUGGAGUUGUUCAAGGAGAUGUUGAUAAAAUCUUUGAAAAACUUAACGUUAAAGGAAUCAGAUUGGUUAAAGAUAAAGAAACUGAUAAAUUUAAGGGUUUUUGUUAUGUUGAAUUUGAAGACUUGGCAGACUUAGAGAUGGCACUGGACAUGGAUGGGGCAGUAGAAGUAGAUAAAAGUUUGAUUAAAAUAGACGUAGCGGAAGGAAAAAGAAAUGACCGAGGAGGUGGUUUUGAUAGGAGAGGCCGAGGUGGUGGUGGCAGUGGAGGAGGCUUUAGAGGGAGAGAUGCUGGUCGUGGUGGAUAUGGUGACGAUUUCGAAAAAUAUUAUGCAGGAGGUUAUAAUGAUAGAGGGCAAUAUGGUGGCAGACAAGGUGGUAUGUGGGAGAUGAGGGGUAACCGAAGCAAUUAUACUCCAUUCAAUGAUGAUGCAGGUGGCGGAAGUCGAGACUGGUCGCGUAACUCAGCAGCUAGAUCAUAUGGUAAUAGACCACCUCCUCGAGGGACUGGGCCAGAACGAAAACCAUUUCAUGAUGAAGCGUUUAACAAAGACCCACCUCCAGCGGCAGAUACAUCUGGAAGAAAACGUUUGGUGCUAGCACCAAGAACAAUUCAAGCUCCUAUAAAUGCUAUGGCUGAAUCGAGUAAAUCAAGUUCAAUUUAUGGUGGUGCAAAACCUCGAGAGGAGAAACUUAAUACUGAUGACAAGUAAAUACAUUAUUAUAAUAAUUAGUUUCUAAUUCCCUAAAUUUCAGGGAAAGAAACUUUCCCAACAAAAAAAACUUUGAAAACAAACACAAGAUCACCUAGUUUCCUCGAAUGUAGUGGGGAACAUCUCUUCAAAGAUAAAAUGAAAUUAAAUAAUUUUUAUUUACCUCUAAAGGAGAGUCUUCCCCACAAAUACAUAAUGAUAAAAAGGUGAUUAAUGAGAUUUUUAAGUUCUACAUAUUUGGAAUUUUUAAUUAAAAAUGAAAUUUUCUCAUCUAGUGUCCUCUCUAUUUACAUUAUCUUAGUUGAAAAAAUGUAAUAAUAAAUUGGGAAUUUAAAGUAAAUACUUUGUGUGCAUAAUGCAUGCUCCAAUUAAUAUUGGUUAUGUGUAUUUAUAUAUGUACGUAUAAAACCAAUUAUCACACAUAUAUACAGAUAUGUGCGUGUGUGCUAUCUAUGAUCGUUGAAAUGAUACGAAAAGGACAUUUUAAUAUUCACGUCAAUUUGAAGUUGAAUUCGGUAUCAGUUUGUGAUAAUAUUGAGGGUAUGUGUACAAAUUAUUAAAAAAAAUAUAUUCUGUCAUCGCACGUACAUUUAAUUCCGUGCAAACUGUACUUCUGAUAUUGUACUCUAAAAUAAUGUUUCUCUCAAAGAGUACAAAACAUUAUCCUUUUCAUUUCCUUCCUUACAACUUUAUAGUUUUACUUCGAUACUAAUCAUUGUAUGUGCUUGUUAAAACGACUCGUGAAUGAUUGUUUAAUAGAGAAUCAUGUUCGAUUAAUAAUAUUAGGCAAUUGUUUACGCGCUUGUGAGUUAACGACAAACAAUUAAGAGAAAUAAAGAUAAUGUGUCGAUUAUUACGCAUUAAUAUUGUGUAACAGAUUAAUUAACUAUGCUAGUAAUAAAUGUCGAUUAUUUGGAAAAAAUAUCGAUGAUUAUGAGAUAAUAAAUAAAGGAAAACUUGAAUUAAUGACAGAUAUUAUUAUGUAAAACUAUGCUUGUAUAUGAUAAUAUUUCCUGAAUAAAGUAGUCGUUUGCCUCGUA